AUGGCGGAAGAAAGGAAGACAUACACGCCGUCCCCAGCAGCCAGCGAACACACCAUCGAUGGCGAUAUCGAAGCUCAACGAUCCAUCACCAACGAGAAGACCACCACUGUCAACAACACCAAACCCAACAACCACAAUGAACCCCCACAACACCCCAACACCAUCGACUGGAACGGCCCCAACGACCCCUCCAACCCCCGAAACUGGACCACCAAAGCAAAAAUCGCAAACACCGCCCUCGUCAUCGUGCUCUGCCUCCUCACGCCCCUAGCCUCCAGUAUGUUCGCCCCCGGCGUCCCCCAAGUGCUCCGCGACUUCGAGACCAGCGCUGCGACCAUAGCGGAGCUCGUCGUCUCAAUUUACAUCCUCGGCUUCGCGAUCGGUCCCUUGCUCAUCUCUCCCCUCUCGGAGAUUUACGGACGCUGGCCGGUGUAUAUUGUCUGUAAUAUCAUGUUCCUAAUCUUUACAAUUGCGUGCGCGGUGGCGAGUUCGAUUGAGCAGUUGAUUGUGUUCAGGUUGUUUGCUGGGAUUUUUGGCGUGUGUCCUGUUACGUUGGGGGGAGCGACGAUCAGUGAUUUGAUCGAGCAGGAGAAGAGGGGACUGAGUAUGUCGUUGUUUGGGAUGGGGCCGCUUUUGGGACCUGUCAUUGGACCUGUGGCUGGGAGUUAUCUCGCUGCUGCAGAGGGCUGGAGGUGGACGUUUUGGGUGAUUGCGAUUGCGUAUGGGGUCGCGAGUGUUGCGCAUUUCUUUCUUUGCAAGGAGACGUAUGGGCCUGUGUUGCUGGAGCGUAAGACGGCGAGAUUGAGGAAAGAGACGGGGAAUGCAAGCUUGAUGUCCGCGCUGGACUCGGGUCUGGAGAGGAAGGAGAGGAUCCUGAGAGCACUGGUUCGGCCGUUCAAGAUGUUGUUCUUAUCACCAAUUGUGGCGAUGAUGGCGAUCUAUGCGGCAUUUGUGUACGGGAUUCUGUACUUGCUUUACACGACGUUCACGUUCGUGUUCAUGGAGUAUUAUGGAUUCCGCGCAUCGAAUGUCGGGUUGACAUACAUUGCGAGCGGGAUCGGGAUGUUUAUGGGCUUGUUCUUGAUUGGCGGAGCGAGUGAUAAGCUCUUGAAGAGCAAGGCGGCCAAGCACGGAGGAGAGCUCAAGCCUGAGUAUCGCUUGUUGCCGCUGAUGUACACGGGCUGGCUGUGUCCGGUUGGGUUGUUCAUCUACGGCUGGACGGCGGAGUACCACGAGCAGUGGGCAGUGCCGCUCUUUGGGACACUGCUGUUCGGCGUUGGCAUUAUUUCGGCUCUGAUAUGCAUCCAGCAGUACCUGAUCGACGCCUACACGGUGUAUGCCGCCUCGGCGAUUGCGGCGAAUACCGUGUUGAGGUCGAUAGUCGGAGGCCUGCUUCCUUUGGCUGGCUUGAGUCUGUACAGAGAGCUCGGCCUGGGUUGGGGCAACAGCCUGAUUGCAUUCAUAGCCCUUGCUUUGACGCCUGUGCCAUUUGUGUUCUACAUCUUUGGCGAGCGGAUUCGGAAGCGCGAUGGCGGGUUGAGGUUGUAG